AUGGUUCGACUGCUCGGUCGAUGUGUACCAAUAAUAUGUAUACCAAGAAAGAAACGUCAAUCAUUACCGAUCGGUGAACACGAAUUAAAUGGAACCAGACACCAUCAAGAUGAAGUAAAUAAAUUAUUUGUCAGACGUGUUGAAAGCAUCCGAGUAACACAAAAAGGAGCUAUUUUUAAACGUUUACCAAUACUGACAAUAAAUGAACGUAAUCAACAACAAAAAAAAACAAAAUCCAAAACAACGCAGGAAAAUGCUCCAAAAACGGUAAAACCUGAUGAUACAGAAUUUGAUUGUGAAACUAACAUAUCUGACCGGCAAUCGAAGUUGAAAAGUCGUACGAAAUCUAAGAAAAAAUCACCAUCAAUUAAACAGAAAAAAAAUGAAAACAGUUCGCCUCGUUCUCGUACACGGUUAGGAAGAUUUUUUACUAGAACAAAAAAACCUAAAGAACCAUCACCGGCACCAUCAAGCAACAUUAAUAUACCUGAAAACGAUCAUGAUGAUACGACUAGCAGUAUGUCAUCAACAUCAUCAUUAUCAUCCGACUGGUCAACAUCAACCUAUCCAGAUUCGAAUAGUAGUGGAAAAAGUAAGGAUUUAAUCGAUUCCAAUCAACGACGACAAUCAAUGCCUAAUACAACUAUAAAAACUCAAAAUCAUGACUUAAAACAUCAAUCGUGUGUCGACAGUUUCCUUUUAAGUAAUGAGCAUGUUCGAAAUACAUCAUCAUUACCGGCAAAUACUAGUUUACGAAAAACUAGACAAGAAGAUAAGAAAAACAUUUGUUCACAACCACAAUUAAGCAAGCAACAGGAUGGAAAACCAUCGGCUAAAAGUAAACAAGUUUUACAGAAUGUACGAAAAAUGAUGCAUGAUCAAAGUAUACAAGAUCAACAUUUUAAUGAUACACGACAAAGAGAAUCUGUUCGAUUAUAA